AUGGCAGCCUACAAGACCCAGCCGGCGCAGCUGCAUAGCUUCACAGAUGCUGCGUACGCGCCUUACAGCUCACAGUCCUUUCAGCCACAACAAGCAGACAAUACGGCAUCACAGCUUGACGGCCUAGCCUUCGCAGCAAAUGGAGCUGCUACGCAGUACCUGAACUCGGAAACAAACUCAUCACCUGUGAACAUCAUUUCGUGUUCCCCUAACGCCGGGUCAGCUGGGACGCGCGUGGAGCUCAAGGUCACCAGCCAGUAUGACCUCAUGGCUAUGUCGGCACAGGCACCAUACAUCUGGCUAUCCUUCGGUUCGCAGAGGUGUCACGCAGAAGCCGUCAAGGAAGGCAUAACGCACGAUGGCGUUUCCGUCUCUUAUAUUGUUUCGGCAGAGGCACCUCAGUUUAUAAUGACCAACUGCGCCUCACAGAGUAAUGUGCUACUGACACUCAUCAUUGAGAAUACCAAUUGUGAAGAGGUGGCGCGUGUUCCUGUGGCACAGUCAUUUUCUUACCAUGACUCUUCUAUCAACACGACUUCUUCCAUGGGGGGGACAGCGGAUAAUGUAACAGCUGGCGCACCUGAAGACAUCACGCGAAAAUCGCCAGCCGAGUCACCUGGACACGGCGAGAGUCCACCGCAGCUGACCGCACGAACAUCGACAACAAGCAGCCCACACGAGGCACAUAACCCGCUAUCAACAGACUCGAAUACUAAUACGUUUUCCUACCCACACAACACUGUCGACGCCGCUACUGCUGCCGCCGCCGCAGCACAACAGGUCCAACAAGCUCAAACAAACUUUGCAGCAGCUGCUGCCGCCGCAUCCAGCUACAGCCAAGACAACAGCAACAUGCUCGGAGCAUACCGCAGCGCGUCAUUCUCGGACGGAUUCCAACGCCAUGCGGGUCCGCCUCCGCUGCGGAAUUCCAUCUGGAAUGGCUACAGCAACAGCAUCAGCCACCAAGGACAUCAUCCCCACGACCGCUACGGUAGCAUCGCGCGCAAUGACUCCAUCACACAAGGCCACAGCACGGCGUCCAUCACUCGGCCGUCACUCCAUGGAGCACUUUCAGCACCCGGGAGCUCCAACGUGCCUCAACUAAUCCGAACCAGCACUAUCCAGAGCGGCUCGCCAGGAUUGGGAGUUGGGGGUGUUAGCGGCUAUGGUAAUGGUCACUGGGGAAGCUACUCGACGAAGGCGGUCUUGUCUAUCUUGGGCAAUCUCGACUCUAUGGCACAGGAGUGGACUCCGGAAGAGUGGAAUAGCCGGCGACGAAUCGUACUCUUCCACAAGAAGCAGAACGGCUGCCACUUGGAAGCCACAUUCCGUGCAGUACCGAUCAACGAGCGCCCACCCAACAGCAUAUGCAUCAGCUGCAUCUACUGGGCGGAGAAGCAGGAGUGCUUUGUCACGUCUGUUGACACGAUAAACCUACUGGAGCAGCUUGUUGCUCAGCCUUCUCGCUUUUCCGUGGAGGAGAAAAACCGGAUUCGCCGCAAUCUGGAGGGAUUCAAACCCGUGACUGUCAGCAAGGCAAAGACCGAGAGUGAGGAAUUUUUCAAGCUGAUCAUGGGUUUUGGUGCGCCAAAGCCGCGCACGAUCGAGAAGGAUGUGAAGGUGUUCCCAUGGAAGAUUUUGGGUCAGGCGCUCAAAAAGAUAAUUUCCAAGUAUAGCGCGAGCCCUUCGUCGAUUUUACCGCACUCUAGCUCGGGGUCGGCUUCCAACCAUCACAUGCUGACCCCGGUCACGAUGAGCCCGUCGUAUGCGGGUCUACCCCCUACACCGGGAUCCGUGUCAGCGGGAACAGAUGGAACAUCCAACGUCGGCUACAUGACUGUUGCUACUGGUCCAACGCCGUCUGAAAGUCUCGCUAGUCCAAGAUCGCUAUCGGGGACUUCGGCGACAUGGAUGUCCUAUGCCCAGGGACCAUCAGGCCGUCCUAUCUCUCCUGGAACGACAAUAUCAAAGCCGCAAUCCCCAUCAACCGUGGGUCUGCGAAUGAGCGCUUUGCCCACAGCAUAUGACAGCAGGGGAGCGGCGAAUGUGACACAUGGGAUGCCCCCUGCUUCGCAAGCCUACGGUAUGCACCACCACCAAACACACAAUUUCAAUUCUCCUCUUCCAGUGACCACAGCCUCUGGCGGUUCGACUGCAACACAUACCACUUCGUCUGCCACUAGCCACGGUGUGCACAACAGUAAUGGCCGCUGGGACACAUACGAUGUGACCAACUCGGGACAAUCCUACUCCAAUGGCCAUCAUCAGCACGGUCAUCAUACCCAACUGUACGCCGGGCACUAUGGAGACGGCGGUCAACGUGCUUAG